AUGCAGUCCUCCCGCUGUCGAUUCAGAGACCUCGUCCCCACAGCCCACCUAGGAACCUGGAAACCCGGCCCCAAAAACGGCAUCACCGAUGUCCCCGGCGUCAAAGCCCACACCACAACCAUCCGCACCGCCAACGGCAACAUCAACACCGGCGUCACAACCAUCACCCCCCGAGAUGACUGGUUCCAUCAAGCCUGUCCGGCAGGCAUGUUCCGCUUCAACGGGUCCGGAGAAAUGACCGGCUCGCACUGGAUCCAGGAAACAGGUCUCCUACACUCACCCAUCCUCAUCACUAACAGCUUCGCCGUCGGCCCUUGCUACACCGGUAUAUAUAAAUACGCAAUUCACCACUACGGCCAAGGUGAAUCUGGUGUAGACUGGUUCCUGCUGCCCGUUGUGGCAGAGACGUUUGACGGACAUCUCAACGACCUGCGCCACUUUGCCGUCACGCCGGACCACGUAUUCGAGAGUCUGGGCAAGGUAUCUGCCGAUCCCGUCCCCGAGGGCAACGUCGGCGGCGGAACGGGCAUGAUGUGUCAGGGCUUCAAGGGCGGCACCGGCACAAGCAGUCGAGUUGUGCCGGGAGUUAGCUCCGAUAAAGACACAUCAUACACAGUGGCAGCUCUCGUGCAAGCCAACUACGGAAGAAUGCAACAUCUACACAUGUGCGGCAUUCCCGUGGGACGAAUCCUCGCAGCCGACGCGGAGAAGAAUGCCACACAAGCAGCCAAAAAGGCAGAGUACGAUGCGGCCAAGGAUUCUAAAGACGGCUCCAUCAUCAUCAUUCUGGCUACUGACGCGCCAUUGCACCCCACACAGCUGGAGAGGCUGGCGAAACGGGCUACAGUUGGACUCGCUCGCGUAGGAGGAUACGGACACAACCCGUCGGGAGAUAUAUUCCUGGCCUUUUCGACGGGGAACAGUAUUCCUGUGCAGACGGUCACGGGCCAGCAUAGAGCGGUGGACCCGUUCAAGGCGAGGGAGCUGGAUAUGAAGUUUAUUGAUGACCAGUCUAUCAAUGGGCUGUUGGAGGCGGCGGCUGAUGCGACCGAGGAGGCUAUUUACAAUGCUUUGUGUAUGGCGGAGACGAUGACGGGGAAUAUGGGACGGACGGUCGAGGCGCUUCCUUUGGAGAGGGUGGCGGAGAUAAUGGGGAGGUUUGGGGAGACGGAGAGUAGUUUGCGGGGGGCUUGA